CUGCUUUAGCCCGACACGUUUCACCGUUUUCUCUGUAUCUGACGAAGCUGACGGAGCCCGCGCGGGGACGGGAAGGGCGCAUUCGGGGGAAGAUGGCGGCCGCGGCCUCCUCCUCCUCGGACUGGAGUGUGCUGAGGGACGGCUGCCUGCGCUGCGACGCCGAGGGCCUCCGGAGCCUGUGCUACCACCCGGCCCUCAACGCCAUCCUGGCCGUGACGAGCCGGGGCAGCAUCACGGUGAUCGACGGCACUUCUGGGGCGAUCCUCAGGCAGUCCGCGCUGAACGCAUCCCCUGGUGGGCAUGUGCGGUGUCAGUAUGUCCCGGCUGUAGAUAAAGUCUUGUUUGUGGACGACUUUGCGGUUGGAUGCCGUAAAGACCUGAACGGGAUCCUUCUUCUGGACACGGCUCUGCAGACACCGGUGUGUAAAGCUGAGGACGAGGUACAACUGGAGCUGCCCGUCACAGAGGCACAGCAGAUGCUCUCAGCCUGCCAGGAGAAGAUCGACAUCUCAAACACAGAGGGAUAUGACCUGUUCAUCUCUCAACUCAAAGAGGGGCUCAAGAACUCCUCCCACGAGACCGCAGCCAAUCACAAGGUGGCAAAGUGGGCGACGGUGCUCUUCCGGCUCCCUCAUCACGUUCUGAAGCUCGUGGCCAGUAACGUCGUGAACGAGCUGAAGAAGAUAAACCAGAACGUGGCUGCACUGUCCGUGGCAUCCUCAAUCUUGGACAGACUCAGUUACCUUCUGUCCAGCGCUCGGCCGGAGCUCGGGGUGGGGCCAGGGAGGUCUGUGGACAGGUCGUUGAUGUAUAGCGAGGCGAACCGCAGAGAGACUUUCACCUCAUGGCCUCAUGCUGGGUACAGAUGGGCUCAGCCCGAUCCCAUGGCCCAGGCCGGGUUCUAUCAUCAGCCGGCUUCCACAGGUGACGACAGGGCCAUGUGCUUCACCUGCAGCGUGUGUCUAGUCUGCUGGGAGCCGACAGACGAGCCCUGGUCAGAGCACGAGCGUCACUCCCCAAACUGCCCCUUUGUAAAAGGGGAGCACACCCAGAAUGUCCCCCUGUCUGUGACCUUAGCCACCAGCCCAGCACAGCUCCCUAACAGCCCUGAUCUCUCUGACCCCAUCUCCUGCUAUGGCUUCGGAUCCUGCCCACAGUUCCUUGCCGCCGCCACCAGGAGGGGCAAGGUCUGCAUCUGGGACGUCUCCAAAAUGAUGAAGGUGCACCUUAAGUUUGACCUGAACCCGUAUGACCCUGUGAUCUUGCGCCAGCUGCUGGUCUGCAGUGGAGAGCAGAGCCAUGGCCUCAGUGAGUCCAGGAGACCCACUCUGGCCUGGUUAGAGGAGUCCUGCUCCGACCUGCCCAAGCUCGAGGGUGACAGUGACGACCAGCUGGAGGACUCGGACAGUGAAGAUCAUUCCAGAUCAGAGUCUGUGACAGGCCCUCAGUCUCAGUGGGACAGCAUGGAUGUGCACCUCUCCGUCUCUGCACUCUCUGUUCUACAGCAGCCGGAGAAGCUUCAGUGGGAGGUAGUGGCCAGUGUGUUGGAGGACACCGUGAAGGACCUGGAGGAACUCGGGGCCAAUCCCUCAUCUCUUACCCAGCCCUCGAAGCCCCUGGGCCAGCCUAAACCCAAGGACCGACCCCCAGAGCACCAUAACAUUCCCUUCCCUUGCCUUUUAGCUGGAGGUCUGCUGAGUUACCGCUCUGCUCCCAACAACACGCCCACGGCUUCCACAUCUCCACGCCGCUCUGAGCCUCUGCAGGAUCACGGAGCUAUGGACAUCGAGAACGCUCAGACCACUUCCUCGCACGACUCCCAAACCCCAAGCCCCGCCCCCUCUGGACCCAACGCCAGGCGGUCUGUCCCAGUUUUGCUCCUGUACAGUAUCCGCGAAGUGGAUGACAAAACCACGGGACAAGUUUUUACACAAAUGAAUAAUUUAAUGAGUAAUCACGAGGAAGGCUUUACCGUACCACAGAUAAUCGAGAUGGAGUUUGAUUCACACGAACAGCUCCUCCUACAGGACCCUCCCAUCACCUACAUCCAGCAGUUUGCAGACGCGGCAGGGAACUUGGCCGCUUUAGAUGGACAUGUGGACAAAUGGAGCACGCUAGCAUCUGCGGCUAACGUCUCCACCCCUUUCCCCAAACCCGGCUCUUUAGUGCAAUGCUUACGUUUACCCAAAGCGCUAGAAAACGAAAAUCUGUAUGUGGAUUCCAUAACGCCUUGCUACGACGGCGUGCACUUACUAAUUGGUUUGCAACAGAACUGUGGUGCAGAGUCACUAACCGCUACCAAUCAAGUAGAAGCUUUGAAUAACCUGAACCGGCUGCACUCGGCUCUGAGCAAAGCGGACAAUUUGCACAAUGGCGUUGAAAGCCAUCCUAAAACAGGAAGUCAAACACAAUUAAUAUUGCCCCCAAACGACCAGGAGGAGCACCCGCAGAGGGCGCUAAACCAGGGUGGAGGUUAUUUAGCGCUGUACAAACUAAAUUACUCCACCCGGAUAGUCACUUUAGACGAGGAACCGGUGAAGCUACAGCAGAUUAGCGACCCGUUGGAUGCUAUCACCUCAUUAAUUUUGUUACCGCCAGACGUUUUGGACAGUAGGGAGGAGGACAGUGAGGAGAGCCAGGACGAUACACCUAAGAACGGGGCGCCGAAGAGCGGAAAGAGCUCGCCACAGACGCCGCUUGGGCAGGCAGCGAGGAGAGCGGAGGUGGUGGGGCUGGGACACUUGGUGGUGACGAGCAGAGCAGGGUUUAUCAUGAUCCUAGACCUGUCCACGCUGGAGGUUCUGGCCAAAGUCGAGCCUCCAAAGAGAGAAGACUCCAGCGACGAAACAGAUCCAUUUGUGUCUGUGACCUACUGCUCUGGGACCGAUCGCCUCUGCGCUGCCACCAGAGGCGGAGAGCUUCACUUCCUUCAGAUCGGGGGAGUGUGUGACGACGUGGAUGAUGGAGACAUGUUUAUUGAUGGCCCUCUAACCAAAGGCUCAGAGGUUCUACUGGAGGGAGCCAAGCCCUGCUCCAAUCCCUCCAGCCCCGGCAUCAUAGGAGUGGACCUUCUGGUGGAGCAGCCUCUGACCGCAGACUGCCUCAUGUCUCUGGUGGAACUGACCCGCUUUGAGACACUCACGCCCAGGUUCUCCGCCACAGUGCCCCCCUGCUGGGUGGAGGUGCAACAGGAGCAGCAGCAGAGAAGACAUCCUCAACAUCUACACCAACAGCACCACGGGGAUGCAGCCCAGCACACUAGGACUUGGAAGCUGCAGAGUGACAGCUCCAGUUGGGAUGAGCAUGUUCUGGAGCUGGUGCUGCCUAAGGCUUGCAUGGUGGGACACGUGGACUUUAAGUUUGUGUUGAACUCGAACAUCGUGAACAUUCCUCAGAUUCAGGUCACUCUGCUCAAGAACAAGGCUCCGGGGCUCGGCAAAGUCAGCGAAACAGCCGUGGACCGGCCGAUCUCCUUCCCUUUGUCGAGCCUCCAGUCAAAUGGAGAAAGGAACGGCCCUCUGUUGCACGACUUCAGCGAAGACAUUCAGUUCAUGGACAUUGAGGACACCACAGGCUCAAUGCUGUGCCCGUUCCUGGAGGAGCACAGGGAGGACAUCCUGUGUGGACCUGUGUGGUUGGCCAGUGGGCUGGACCUGUCUGGACAUGCGGGGAUGAUCAGCCUCACCAGCCCCAAGCUCGUCAAAGGGAUGGCAGGAGGAAAGUACCGCUCGUUCCUGGUUCAUAUUAAAGCGGUCACAGAUAAGAGUCUGGAGGAUAGCCCGCGUCCUGUGGUCCGAAUGCCCAGCUCCAAACCCCAGAGCUCCAAAGGCCACUCCCUGUCCACGCUGCUACAGAGGGCGCAGGCGUCCAAGGAGAAGGUGACGGGGGUGAAGUCGGAGGCACCAACUCCUUCAAAGAAGGUAGAGAACCUCAGAGGCUGUGAUCUUCUGCAGGAAGUCUCAGUCACAAUCAGACGAUUCAAGAAGACGUCCAUAACCAAAGAGAGAGUACAGAGAUGUGCCAUGCUGCAGUUCCCUGAUUUCCAUGAGAGACUUUUGGAGACGCUGUGUCGCUCUCAGGAGGGUGUGGCCUGUACUGAGCACGCUCAGAGCCUCAUCCUGGACAUACUGUGCUGGCUCGCAGGAGUCUUCUCCAACGGGCCCUGCAGUCUGAAGGAGGGAAAGGAAGCUCUGUUGCUGAAAACACGCCUCAGAUUAAAUGACAUCGUCAGAGUUUGUUUCUUUGAGGCCGGACGCAGCAUCGCUCACAAAUGUGCUCGCUUCCUCGCACUUUGUAUCAGUAAUGGUAAAGGGGAGUCGGCUCAGCAGGGGUUUGGAGUGAGUCUGCUCAAAGCUCUCAUCGAGAAUAUGCCUUAUCUACCUGCAGCUGCCACCGGGGGUUCUGUGUUCUGGUACUUUGUGCUGUUGAACUAUGUGAAGGAGGAGGACUUGGCCGGAUGCAGCUCCGCCUGUGCCUCGUUACUCACUGCUGUGUCCCGGCAGCUGCAGGACCGCCUCACUCCACUAGAGGCACUCUUACAGACAAGGUACGGUCUGUACAGUUCUCCCUUUGAUCCGGUUCUGUUUGAUUUGGAGGUGAGUGGCUCUUCCUGUAAAAAUGCCUACAACAGCAGCAUCGGAGUCCAGUCUGAUGAGAUCGACCUCUCAGAAAUACUCUCAGGGAAUGGUAAGGUGAGUAGUUGUGCCGCAGCAGAGGGCAGUUUCACCGCUCUCACUGGACUCUUGGAGGUGGAGCCGCUUCACUUCAGCUGCAUCUCCACCAGCGACGGGACGCGGGUGGAACGGGAUGAUGCCAGCAUGUUCACUGUGAGUUCAUUCGGAGUUCCUCCCACUGUCGGCCCCCUGUCCUCUGCUUCAGUGGGGGAAGCAUCCACAGCUCUGAGUUCUGCGGCUCAGGUGGCUCUUCAGUCUCUAUCUCACGCCAUGGUCUCUGCAGAGCAACAGCUACAGGUCCUACAAGAAAAGCAACAGCAGCUGCUUAAACUGCAGCAACAGGUCUGUAAAGCUAAACUUGAAGCCAAACUGCACCAGACGACCUCAGCCGCCGCUGCAGCUGCCUCGGGGCAUCUCCAUAACUCAGUGCCUUCCAACUCGUCCACGGCUCCGGGUUUUUUCAUCCACCCGUCGGACGUGAUCCCGCCCACCCCAAAGACCACGCCCCUGUUCAUGACUCCGCCCCUCACGCCGCCCAACGAGGCCGUGUCUGCCGCAUUCAGUGCAGAGCUUGCUCACUUAUUCCCUGGGUCAAUGAUGGACCCAAGUCCUGUCAACUUGGCAACGCACAAGAAUGCCCACAAGGCCAAACAGGGUGCAAUGGGCAGCGGUUUGGCUCUGGCCAUUUCUCAGGCCUCUCACUUCUUGCAGCCUCCACCUCAUCAGUCCAUCAUCAUCGAACGCAUGCACUCAGGAGCUCGUCGGUUUGUGACCCUGGACUUCGGUCGCCCAGUGCUCCUCACAGAUGCUCUGAUACCUGUGUGUUCUGACCUGGCGUCUCUCUCCAUCGACGUGUGGACGCUUGGCGAGGAGGUCGACGGGCGCCGCCUCGUCGUAGCAACAGACAUCAGCACUCACUCGCUCAUCCUGCAUGACCUGCUGCCGCCCCCUGUCUGCCGCUUCAUGAAGAUCACGGUGAUCGGUCGCUAUGGCAGCACUAACGCCCGAGCUAAGAUUCCUCUGGGGUUUUACUAUGGCCACACGUACAUCCUGCCAUGGGAGAGUGACCUGAAGCUGAGCCACGACCCGCUGAGGGACGGAGACCCUUGCCCCCAGCCCGAAGUGGAGCAGCACCUUACCAUGAUGGUUGCUCUGCAAGAGGACAUACAGUGCAGAUAUAACCUGGCAUGCCAUCGUCUGGAGACUCUUCUUCAGAGCAUCGACCUCCCUCCUCUGAACAGUGCAAACAACGCUCAGUACUUCCUGCGUAAACCAGACAAAGUGGUGGAGGAGGACCAACGUGUCUUCUCAGCCUAUCAAGACUGUAUCCAGCUCCAACUCCAACUCAAUUUAUCCCAUCAUGCAGUGCAGCGUCUGCGUGUGUCUCUGGGCGCGUCUCGCAAAAUCCUAUCCGACUGUGACAAACCCAAACCCCAAGACCUGGUCCAGAACUCGUCCACGGAGCAACUCAGGACUAUAAUCAGAUAUCUGCUGGACACACUGCUUAGUCUGUUACAUGCAAACAACGGCCACUCGGUUCCAUCGGUUCUCCAGUCCACGUUCCACUCUGAGGCGUGUGAGGAGCUGUUUAAGCACCUGUGCAUCAGUGGAACCCCAAAGAUCCGACUCCACGCUGGGUUGCUCCUGGUGCAGCUGUGUGGGGCUGAGAGAUGGUGGGGGCAGUUCCUCUCCAACGUCCUGCAGGAACUCUACAACUCAGAACAGCUGCUUAUAUUUCCUCAGGACAGAGUGUUCAUGCUGUUGUCCUGCAUUGGUCAGCGUUCUCUCAGUAACAGUGGAGUUCUGGAGGGACUUCUAAACCUGCUGGACUCCCUGCUGUGUCCACUGCAGCAGCCUGCUCAGGCCACCGCACAUAGGAGAACUGAAGGAGUUCUGGACAUCCCUAUGAUCAGCUGGGUGGUGAUGUUGGUUUCCAGACUCUUGGACUCUGUGGCCAGUAUCGAAGAUGAGGCAUCAGGAGCCAAGAAGCACUUGGGUGGGAAGGACAGAGACCGGAGCUGCUCAGGGAUCCAGUGGAGUUUUAUCAACAACAGCCUCCAGUCCCAGAGCUCGAGCCGUGCCUCCAAAGGAAACAGCAGCCUGGACCGACUCUACUCCAGGAAGAUCAGGAAGCAACUGGUGCAUCACAAACAGCAGCUUAACUUGCUAAAAGCCAAACAGAAAGCUUUGGUAGAGCAGAUCGAGAAGGAGAAGAUCCAGAGCAACAAAGGCUCCUCCUACAAGCUCCUGGUGGAACAGGCCAAGCUUAAGCAAGCCACGUCCAAGCACUUUAAGGAUCUAAUCCGUCUGCGGCGUACAGCUGAGUGGCCGCGCUCGUCUCUGGACUCAGAAGCUGCGUCAGUGAAGGAGCCAUCAGACGUGGAGCCUCUGCCCUUCACUCUGUCUCAUGAACGGUGCAUUUCUGUGGUACAAAAGCUUGCGCUGUUUCUCCUGUCCAUGGACUUCACCUGCCACGCCGACCUGCUGCUCUUCGUCUGCAAGGUCCUGGCUCGGAUCGCGAAUGCCACCCGCCCAACCAUCCACCUGUGUGAGGUGGUGUCAGAGCAACAGCUAGAGAGACUGCUCCUUCUGCUAGUGGGAACUGACUUCAACAGAGGAGACAUCUCUUGGGGUGGGGCCUGGGCUCAGUACAGCCUCACCUGUAUGCUCCAAGAUAUACUUGCAGGUGAGCUUCAGUCCCCAGUCUCUUUGGACGUGAUGGAGGAUGUACCUGCUCCUGAUGACGCUGCCUCCUCCUCGUCAGCAGGGGGCAGUGUGGACUGUGAGGAAACCCUGCCUCCCUCUGCUCCGGUGCCCCUAGUGGAGAGUUUAGACGAAGGUUUGGUGCCUGAUAUAAUCGCCGGUACAGCCAACAAUGCCGCCGUGUUUCAAAGCGCUCCUCCUCUGGCCUCUCUGGACAAAGACAAAGACAUAGACUUUGACUUGCUCCAGGACCUGAUGGAUGUUGAUAUUGAUCCUUUAGAUAUUGACUUGGAAAAAGAUCCUCUCGCCGCCAAAGUAUUUAAGCCCAUCAGCAGCACAUGGUACGAUUACUGGGGUGCAGAUUACGGCUCAUACGGGUAUAACCCAUAUAUCGGGGGAGUGGGCAUCCCUGUGUCGAAGCCUCCAGCUGCAGUGGAGAAGCAGAGCAACCAGGGCCUGUCUGUCUCUGUCUCACAAGCUCUGGAUGCUCGUCUGGAGGUGGGGCUGGAGCAGCAGGCUGAGCUCAUGCUGAAGAUGAUGGCCACACUUCAGGCAGAUUCCAUCUUGCAAGCCCUGACCUCCAACGCAAACAAUGUGUCCCAGUCGUCUAAUGGCACAGAUGACUCUCUGCUCCGGGCUCUUCAUGGAGGAGGCUCCCCAGGCUCCAGUCUGACCCUGCAGCCCUCCUCUGUGCCCAUGCUCAGCUCCUGCUUCAACAAGCUCUUCAGCAUGCUGCAAGUCCACCAUGUACAGCUGGAGUCUCUGCUGCAGCUGUGGUUGACCCUGAGUCUGAACACUGGCUCUGGAUCUUCAGAGGAGAGUGGCUCCGACAUCUUUCUGUUCAACGCCAGUAGAGUGCCCACGAUACCACUUAACCAAGCCUCCAUCAGCAGUUUCCUGAGUGUUCUGGCCUGGUAUCCAAACACGUCCCUCAGAACCUGGUGUUUGGUGCUGCACUCUCUCACUCUGAUGACCAACAUGCCUCCAUCACCCUCCAGCUCUGGUCUCAGCUCUCCUGACAGCACAGCUCUUCAGAUGGUAUCAGACCCGACCCUUGUCCAUGUUCUGGUCCGGUUUCUCUCGGGGACAAACCCAAACGGCACCAGCCAGCACAGCGCUCAGGUGGGCCCCACGGCGACGCAGGCCAUGCACGAGUUUGUGAGCCGGCUCCAGGUGCACCUAUCAUCCACCUGUCCUCAGGUGUUCAGCGACUUCCUGCUGCGCCUCAUGCACAUCCUAUCGUCUGAGAGAGGUCCAUUCCAGUCAGGGCAGGGCCCUCUGGAUGCUCAGGUCAAGCUGCUGGACUUCACUCUGGAGCAGAACUUUGAGGUGGUUUCCGUGGCAACAAUCCUGUCUGUCAUAGAGUCCGUCACGUUUCUGGUGCACCAUUACAUCACAUGCUCAGAUAAGCUGGUGUCCCGGAGCGGCUCUGACAGCUCUGUGGGGGCUCGAGCUUGUUUUGGGGGACUGUUCGCUAACAUUAUUCGCCCAGGCGACGCCAAGGCGGUGUGCGGAGAGACGACACGGGACCAGCUCAUGUUUGAUCUGCUCAAACUGGUGAACGUCCUGGUGCAGCUGCCUCUGUCUGGAGACCGAGAGUUCAGCGGGCGACUGCCACCAGGGGGCGUUAGCGCGGCAGACAGCAGUGUGUCCGAUGAGGAGAAGGUGUGUGGAAGUAAAGAGGGUGGGUCCAGUGGUGGCUCAUCAUCCAGUCAGGGCCCGGCAUCCGGAGUGGCAGACCUUGUUUUAGCCAAUCAGCAGAUCAUGAGUCAGAUCCUGUCUGCGUUGGGGCAGUGCAACAGCAGCGCUAUGGCCAUGAUCAUCGGAGCGAGUGGUCUCCAUCUGACCAAACACGAGAACUUCCACGGCGGUCUGGACGCCAUCUCUGUGGGCGAUGGCCUCUUCACCAUCCUGACCACUCUGAGCAAGAGGAGCAGCUCUGUUCACGUCAUGCUCCAGCCAAUCCUCACAUACAUGGCCUGUGGAUACAUGGGCCGACAGGGCUCCCUGUCCACCUGUCAGCUGUCGGAGCCCCUGUUGUGGUUUAUCCUCAGAGUGUUGGACACCAGUGAAGCGCUCAAGGCCUUCCAUGACAUGGGAGGAGUGCAGCUGAUCUGUAACAACAUGGUUACCAGCACCAGAGCCAUCGUGAACACGGCCCGAAGCAUGGUCUCCACCAUCAUGAAGUUCUUAGACUCAGGUCCAGGGAAGUCCUCUGACGGGAACCUGAAGGCCCGGGUCAUGACUUCUGAACCUGACAACGCAGAGGGCUUGCACAACUUCGCUCCACUCGGCACCAUCACCUCGAGCAGUCCCACCGCUCAGCCGGCUGAGGUGCUGCUCCAGGCCACUCCUCCCCAUCGCAGAGCUCGAUCUGCGGCCUGGUCCUACAUUUUCCUCCCUGAAGAGGCCUGGUGUGACCUGACUAUCCACCUGCCCGCUGCCGUGCUACUGAAGGAGAUCCAUAUUCAACCACACCUAGCAUCUCUCGCAACAUGCCCCUCGUCCGUCUCUGUGGAGAUCAGUGCUGAUGGCCUGAACAUGCUUCCUCUGUCCACUCCAGUCAUCACCUCUGGACUCACCUACAUAAAGAUCCAGCUGGUCAAAGCCGAGGUUGCAUCUGCCGUGUGUUUGCGGCUCCACAGACCCAGAGACGCCAGCACCUUAGGCCUGUCUCAGAUCAAACUCCUGGGGCUCACGGCGUUUGGAAACACCUCCUCUGCCACUGUCAACAACCCCUUUCUCCCCUCUGAGGACCAGGUCUCCAAAACCAGUAUUGGUUGGCUGCGUCUGCUGCACCACUGCCUGACCCAUGUGGGUGACCUGGAGCCCAUGAUGGCGUCCGCAGCGGCACCCACAGCAAACCUUCUGCAGACGUGUGCGGCUCUGCUCAUGUCUCCGUACUGUGGAAUGCACUCUCCCAACAUCGAGGCUGUGCUGGUGAAAAUCGGGCUCCAGUCCACCAGGGUUGGGCUCAAACUCAUCGACAUCCUGCUGAGGAACUGCGCUGCCUCUGGGACUGACCCUGCAAAUCUGAACAGUCCUCUGCUCUUCGGCCGACUCAACGGUUUGUCCUCAGACUCCACCAUCGACAUUUUGUACCAGCUCGGGACCACGCAGGACUCUGGCACCAAAGACAGGAUCCAGGCCCUGCUCCAGUGGGUCCAUGACUCCUCUCUCGUGGCGGCCCACAGACUCAGCUCUUCUCUGGGCUUCAGCUCCUCGGGCUCAGCCUCUUCUCUGGAAUACGGCCUCCUGAUGCCCUCCCCCUCUCACCUGCACUGUGUGGCGGCCAUUUUGUGGCACAGCUAUGAGCUACCGGUGGACUACGACCUGCCGGUGCUGCUCAACAGGGAGCUCUUUGAACUGCUGUACAGCUGGUCCAUGUCUCUGCCCUGUAACAUUGUCUUGAAGAAGGCUGUGGACAGCCUGCUCUGCUCCAUGUGUCACAUCCACCCCAGCUACUUCUCUCUGCUCAUGUCCUGGAUGGGAAUCGUACCCACACCCUCCACCAGCCACUCCCAGGCCCCUCACCGCCGCAUGGCCAUGACUGAUGACGGCAAGAAACAGCAGAUCGAACUCACUGAAGACUCCUCCAAAUACUUCCGCCCGCCUCUGGACCUCAACGAGUCGCAGCUCUGCACGCUAGCCGCCGCCUCGCAAUCUCCGGGCGCCAUCGAUCAGCUGUUAGACUCCGGCCUACCUGCGCUUCUGGUGCGCAGCCUGACUCAGUUCUGCGUUAGCCUGCUAGCUAGUAAUGACCUGCCGAUUCCUGCGUCUCAAAUGGAGCGAAGACAUCACUACCACCACUUUAACUCCUCAAAUUCUGCUUCCACGUCAUCGCAGAGUAAGUCAGUGUUGGCGGCGGAGCUUGCAGCGCCCGUGUUGAGGUUUUUAACUGAAGUAGGAAACAGCCACGCCAUGAAAGACUGGUUAGGAGGGCCAGAAGUGAACCCGCUAUGGACCGCUCUGCUGUUUUUGCUUUGUCAUUCCAAUGCUAGCUGUCAGUCGCUAGCUUCCACCUCCUCCUCUUCCACGACUCCUCCAUCGCAACAAUCACACACACCAAACCCGGGAUCCAGGUUUUCUUUGGCAUCUUCAGCCCAAAAUGGCGGCCUCACGACGCAGCAGAGGACGGCUCUGGAGAAUGCCACAGUCGCCUUCUUCCUGCAGUGUAUCUCCUGUCACCCCAACAACCAGCGCCUCAUGGCUCAGGUCUUGUGUGAGCUGUUCCAGUCGGCUCCACAGAGGGGCAGUGUUCCAGUCUCUGGGAACAUCUCGGGUUUCAUCAGGAGGCUCUUUCUGCAGCUCAUGCUGGAGGACGAGAAAGUCACAGUGUUCCUCCAGUCUCCAUGUCCGCUGUAUAAAGGACGCAUCAACGCUACGAGUCACAUGAUCCAACACCCCAUGUACGGAGCAGGACACAAGUACAGGACCCUACACCUGCCCAUCUCCACCACGCUGGCCGAAGUCCUGGACCGGGUCUCAGACACUCCGAGCAUCACGGCUAAACUGAUCAACGAGCAGAAAGAGGACAAAGAGAAGAAGAACCACGAGGAGAAGGAGAAGAUGAAAGCCGACAACGGUUUCCAGGACAACUACAGUGUCGUGGUCGCCUCAGGUCUAAAGUCUCAGUCCAAACGUGCCCUCUCCACUCCCCCCAGACCGCCCUCACGACGUGGACGAGUCCUAAGCGACAAACUCAGCUCUGGCUCUGGAUCUGACCCCAACAAGACUAUCAGUGUGCCAGUGUUCCACCUGUACCACAAGCUCAUACCAGGUCAGCCAUUGCCCCCGGAGAUGACCCUAGCUCAGCUCCUCACGCUCCUUUACGACAGAAAGUUACCUCAGGGCUACCAGUCCAUCAACCUGACUGUCAAACUGGGAUCAAAGGUCAUCUGCGACCCGGGACUCUCAAAGACCGACUCCUUCAAGAGGCUUCGCACAGAAAAAGUGGAGGAGGUACUGUCGCCCUGCCCGGAGGAGGAACCCAUGUCCCUGUGUGAUGACCUGGACUCAAGUGAUGAUUCCCUUCUGGACACGGGGCCCGUCCAGUCUCCUCUCCAGGUGUUUGCUGGGAUGGGAGGCCUGGCUCUGAUCGCAGAGAGACUGCCCAUGCUCUAUCCUGACGUCAUCCAACAGGUGAGCACUCCAGUCGUGUCCUCGUCCUCUCAGGAGAAACCCAAAGACACAGAUCAGUUUGAGUGGGUGACCAUAGAACAGUCAGGAGAGCUGGUGUACGAGGCUCCAGAGUCCAUCUCCUCUGAGCCGCCUCCCAUCUCCAAACAGCAGCCUCCCUCCUCCUCCUCCGCCGUACAGCCCAUGUCUCCUAUCCCCGCCCACUCCCUUGCCGCCUUUGGACUGUUCUUGAGGCUGCCUGGGUACGCCGAGGUCCUGCUCAAAGAGAGGAAGCAUGCCCAGUGUCUGCUACGAUUGGUGCUGGGGGUCACAGACGACGGAGAAGGCAGUCACAUCCUCCAGUCCCCUUCGGCAAACGUCCUCCCCACUCUACCGUUCCACGUGCUCCGGGCUCUGUUUAGCUCCACCCCUCUGACCACAGAUGAUGGCGUUCUUCUGAGGAGGAUGGCUCUGGAGAUCGGAGCGAUUCACCUUAUCCUGGCGUGUCUGUCUGCUCUGAGCCACCACGCACCCCGCAACCCCAACGCCCCCUCCAGCGUCUCUGAGCCUCAGAUGUCCAGUUGUCCAGGAGGAGGGACAUCAGAGGAGCAACAGCUGUACUGGGCCAAAGGCACGGGCUUUGGGACCGGAUCCACGGCCAGCGGCUGGGACGUGGAGCAGGCCCUAACCAAGCAGAGACUAGAGGAGCAGCACGUCACCUGUCUGCUGCAGGUUUUAGCAAGUUACAUCAACCCGUCAGGCUCCAGCGGUGCUCACAGCUCUGACUCUGAGAGCAGAUCCAACACUGCAGCGCUCCCUAGUGUCCUACAGGAGUUACUGUCUCAGUCAUGCCUCAUCCCGGCCAUGUCUUCCUACCUGCGUAACGACUCAGUUCUGGACAUGGCCCGUCACGUCCCCUUGUAUCGGGCCUUGUUGGAGCUGCUCAGAGCCAUCUCCUCAUGCACGGCUCUGGUUCCUCUGCUCCUACCUCUGUCUGGAGACCUUCAGGAUGCUGAGGAAGAGGAAGAGGAGGAGCCAGAUGCACACAGCUCUGUGGGGCACCUGCUGGCCAAGAUGAAGACCUGUGUGGACACAUACACCAACAGACUCAGGUCUAAGAAGGAUAAGUCUAAGGGGGUGGUGAAGCCAGAGUCUUCAGACCCAGAGCCUGAGGGGCUGACUCUGUUGGUGCCUGACAUCCAGAGGACAGCAGAGAUCGUGUAUGCUGCCACCACCAGCCUGAGACAGGCCAACCAAGAGCGGAAGUUGGUGGAAUGUUCCAGAAAAGCAUCGAGUCGUCCCAAACCUCUGUCCCUCCUGCGCUCUCUGGAGGAGAAGUACGUUGCCGUCAUGAAGAAGCUGCAGUUUGACACGUUUGAGAUGGUGAGCGAGGACGACGAUGGAAAGCUCGUUUUUAAAGUGAACUACCACUACAUGUCUCAGGUGAAGAACGCGAGCGACUCGAACAGCGCCGCUCGCUCCAGGCGUUUGGCUCAGGAGGCUGUGACCCUGUCCACCUCUCUGCCCCUGUCCUCCUGCUCCUCUGUGUUUGUGCGCUGUGACGAAGAACGCCUCGACAUCAUGAAGGUGCUGAUCACAGGUCCUGCUGACACUCCGUACGCUAACGGCUGUUUCGAGUUCGAUGUGUACUUUCCUCAGGAUUAUCCCAACUCUCCUCCUCUGGUGAAUCUGGAGACCACCGGGGGACACAGCGUCCGAUUUAACCCCAACCUCUACAAUGACGGCAAGGUGUGUUUGAGCAUCCUGAACACAUGGCACGGGCGACCAGAGGAGAAGUGGAACCCGCACACCUCCAGCUUUCUACAGGUCCUGGUCUCGGUCCAGUCCCUGAUCCUGGUAGCAGAGCCGUACUUUAAUGAGCCCGGAUAUGAGCGCUCCAGAGGGACACCUAGUGGCACCCAGAGCUCCAGAGAAUACGACGGGAACAUUCGGCAGGCCACAGUGAAGUGGGCCAUGCUGGAGCAGAUCAGGAAUGCGUCGCCCUGCUUCAAAGAGGUGAUCCACAAACACUUUUACCUGAAGCGGGCGGAGAUCCUUUCCCAGUGUGAGGACUGGAUCACAGACAUUCAACAGUACAGCAGCGACAAGAGAGUGGGGCGUACCAUGAGCCACCACGCCGCCGCACUAAAGAGACACAGUGCCCAGCUGAGGGAGGAGCUGUUGAAACUCCCGUGUCCCGAGGGCCUUGAACCCGACGCCGACGAAUUCACAGAGAAGAGCUCCGCCCUUCUCACCGAUCUGACCAAUCAGGAUGCAGAGAAGGCCAGCGGCAGCCAUGACACCUCCGAGGGCGCGUUAUGAACCUCGACAAAGACUAAAACUCCUCUCCUCCUCCGCGAAUGAAACCACAGACUGCGGCCACACAAAAUGGCCGACUUCUUUUGUCCAUAUUUGUAUGUAAAGAUCGUCAGCGCGGGGAACCAAAAAAAUAAAGUCCCCGAAGAAUUUUAUUUACCUGUACAAGAGUGUAAACAUUUUGUGCUUUUUCCAAUGUGAGAACCACUGACGCCGCGCUGAUGCUGUGUAAUAUAAUGAGACCAGAGUCUAUAAGGGAGCUGCCUUCUGGAGGAGCCAUUUUGUUUUUUUGUUUUUCUUAAUUUUGGGACAAAUAUUUAAAUUAAAAAAGUUUAGGUUUAAGGAAGUCGGGUUAUUCUGGGCUGCAGUGUGGAGUUGGUCUUUGAUUUUACUUAAAACAAAAAACACGAGAAAUAAAAUGGUUUUAACUCAUGACAAAA